AUGUCUCGAGCCAUCCCGACAGUCGACGCCAACGUUGAAACAGACUGCUUGAUCGUUGGGGCUGGCCCUGCUGGUGCUUCUUUGGCAUGUUUUCUGACCAACUAUGGAAUCAGAGUGAUGGUCAUCUCGGACGCGCCAGGAACGACAGCUACGCCGAGGGCACAUUUGGUCAACAUGGCAGGCCUUGAGUGUCUGCGCGACCUUGGCCUCGAAGACGAGUGUCUCCGGCUUGGAAACAGAGGGGAUGCCCUCAAUUCGAUCCGUUGGUGCUACUCAAUCACUGGGGUGGAAUACGGUCGAAUUCAUGCUUGGGGUGCUGGGCCUACCAAGAUGGGCGAAGUGGCAGACAUCAGUCCUUGUGCGUCGCUGGACCUCCCACAGACCUACCUCGAGCCGAUCCUGGUGCGCUAUGCAACCACUCACGGUGUCAAAUGCCUCUUCAACACGUGUUUCGCCGAACUCGAACAAGAUAGCCACGGAUGCGUAACCACGGCCGUGAACAAAAUCCUGGGUCAGAAAUUCAAAAUCCGAUCCCGCUAUGUCUUUGGAUGCGACGGGGCAAGAAGUCCCGUGGCGGCUCAGAUUGGGCUCUCGUACAACGUCCAGCCGUCGGGAGGCGUCGCAUACAACAUCUUGUUCAAUGCCGAUUUGGGGGACAUCAUGAAACAUCAAACGGGCCAUCUGCACUGGAUCAUGCAGCCCGACACGGAACUCGAGCACGGGGUCGCGCCUGUGCUGCGGAUGGUCAAGCCCUGGCAUCAAUGGAUCCUGGUGGUGUUCCCUAAACCAGGAGUGGACAUCAAAGCCUUUGGCUCUUCUCAAGCAGCGACUAAUCAGGUCAACGAUUUGAUUCAGGCCGUGAUCGGUGAUGACAGCAUCUCGUUCGAGGUGGUGGACAUUUCGAGUUGGAGAAUCAACGAGACGGCGGCCGAGUUCUAUUCCAAGCAGAACGUAUUCUGCCUUGGUGACGCCGUCCACCGACACCCUCCCAUCUUUGGGCUUGGGAGUAACACCUGUAUUCAGGAUGCCUACAACCUGGCAUGGAAAGCCGCCCUGGUGGUUCAGAGGAAGGCCUCCCCUGCCUUGCUGAACACGUACAACGUGGAGCGACAACCGGUCGGACAAGAUCUGGUGAAGUGGUCCAACGAGCUGCUGCGGAAUCAUGCGACGGUCUGGGGCGCGAUUGGUAUGUUUGAGGAAACCAAGGAGGCGCGCAUCCAGGCCAACAAGGAACUGUCGGAAGCCUCAGAGGCCGGUAAGCUACGACGCCAACAGCUCUUCGACGCGCUCGAACGCCACCGUGGCGAAGGGGACAGCGUGGGCAUGAUGAUGAACCAGUGGUACUCCAACACGUCCACGGCGGUAUACCUCGCGGACGAGGAUGGCCCGCAAGCGCCGUUCCCAGGCAACUACCUCACACAGGCCCGGGUUAGCACUUACCCGGGUAACCGGCUGCCGCACGCGUGGCUGAGCAAAGACGUGCCCAGCCAGGAGAUCUCGACGGUCGACCUGGCCGGAAAGAGCGCCUUCUCGCUGUUCACAGGCCACGGUGGUGAUGGGUGGAAAGCCGCCGCGCGCACCGUGGGCGACAAGCUGGGCGUCCCCAUCAACGCCUUCGCCAUUGGGUUCGGGCUCGACUACGCUGACAAAUACCGCGACUGGACCAAGCGACGCGAGGUCGACGAGGACGGCUGCGUGCUGGUGCGACCCGACCGGUACGUGGCGUGGCGGGCCCAGCGGAUGGGACCACCAUCAUCGUCGUCGAGGUGUGAAGAAAAGCUCGAGCAGGUCUUGAGGGCGAUCCUGUCGCUCUGA